AUGGUUUUAUCAUUUAUACUUGUUCAGAACCGUCAGGGCAAGACCCGACUUGCGAAGUGGUAUGCGCCGUACAGUGACGAGGAGAAAGUGAAGCUUAAGGGAGAGGUCCAUCGCUUGGUGGCUCCUCGGGAUCAGAAGUAUCAGUCGAACUUUGUCGAAUUCAAACGAAGCACGAAGAUCGUUUACCGGAGAUAUGCAGGCCUCUUCUUCUGCGCGUGCGUCGACGCCACAGACAAUGAACUAGCAUACCUCGAGGCAAUUCAUUUCUUUGUCGAGGUCCUGGAUCAAUUCUUCGGCAACGUGUGCGAGCUGGACUUGGUUUUCAAUUUCUACAAGGUAUAUGCGAUCCUGGACGAAGUUUUCCUUGCCGGGGAGAUAGAAGAGACGAGCAAACAAGUCGUUUUAACAAGGCUAGAACAUCUGGAUAAACUGGAGUGA